UUUUCUAGUUCUAGACUCGGAUCAACUCACCCGAGUGAACUCACUGGCGCCACGAACACCCAUUGUCGAUAACGCGAUAAUGGGAACUCUAUCUCUUCUGAAAUGCUACAGACCCUUCUCCUCUAUGGUUCUCCCUCACUCAGCAGCCAUCUUCAGGCGCAACAACUUACCUUCUUUUCGCGCCGUCGCAUCCUCCCCGCCGUUGACGGCGGAGAAGAAUUUCGACGGCGAGAGUUUCCAUUCGAAGCCGGAGGUGUGGCUGCACAACACCAUGAGUAAGAGGAAGGAGCUUUUCAAACCCAAAGUGGAAUCCAAAGUCGGAAUGUAUGUCUGUGGAGUCACCGCUUAUGAUUUCAGUCAUAUUGGUCAUGCUCGUGUUUAUGUCAAUUUCGAUCUUCUUUACAGAUAUUUUAAGCAUUUGGGAUUUGAAGUGUGUUAUGUUCGCAAUUUUACUGAUGUAGAUGACAAGAUAAUUGCUAGAUCAAAGGAGUUAGGAGAAGACCCAAUCAGUUUGAGCAGGCGUUUUUGUGAAGAGUUCUGUCAAGACAUGGAGACUCUUAAUUGUUUGCCUCCUUCUGAGCAACCAAAAGUCUCAGACCACAUGCCCCAAAUCAUUGAUAUGAUUGAGAAGAUUCUUAAUAAUGGGUAUGCCUACAUCAUUGAUGGGGAUGUAUACUUUGAUGUAAAAAAAUUCCCAGAAUAUGGAAAAUUAUCCAGUCGAAAUCUAGAAGAUAAUCGAGCUGGUGAGAGGGUUGCUGUUGACACAAGGAAGAAAAAUCCUGCUGAUUUUGCUCUUUGGAAGUCUGCAAAGCCAGGAGAGCCAUUUUGGGAGACUCCCUGGGGUCCUGGAAGACCUGGGUGGCAUAUUGAAUGUAGUGCUAUGAGUGCAACUUAUCUUGGAUACUCUUUUGACAUCCACGGUGGAGGGAUUGACCUUGUGUUUCCUCACCAUGAAAAUGAAAUUGCUCAGAGUUGUGCUGCUUGUAAGAAAAGUGAUAUAAGCCUAUGGAUGCACAAUGGUUUUGUCACCAUUGACUCUGUGAAGAUGUCUAAAUCCCUGGGAAAUUUUUUCACAAUACGGCAGGUUGUAGAUGUUUACCAUCCUUUGGCUUUGAGAUAUUUUUUGAUGGGCGCCCAUUAUAGAUCUCCUAUUAACUACUCUCAUGUCCAGCUUGAAAGUGCUUCAGACCGUGUUUAUUAUAUAUACGAGACAUUACAUGAAUGUGAAAGGUUCCUCAAUCAGCAAGAUCGGACAGUUAGGAAGGAUAACAUCCCACCAGAUACUUUGAGUAUUAUUAAUAAAUUGCAUGAAGUUUUUUUGACCUCAAUGUCUGAUGAUCUUCACACUCCGGUUGUAUUGGCGGGACUGUCUGACCCAUUAAAAUCAAUUAAUGACUUGCUGCAUACUCGUAAGGGGAAAAAACAACAAUUUCGAAUAGAAUCGCUUGCAGCUUUGGAGAAGAGCAUCGAGGAUGUCCUUACUGUUUUAGGGCUUAAGCCUUCAAGCUAUUCUGAGAUAUUGGAGCAACUUAAGGAAAAAGCUUUAAAGCGCGCAAACAUAACCGAAGAUGAAGUGUUGAAGAAAAUUGAAGGACGGGAUGCUGCUAGAUUGCAAAAGGAGUAUGCAAAAUCAGAUGCAAUAAGGAAGGAUUUGGCUAAUGUUGGCAUUGCUCUUAUGGACAGUCCAAAUGGCACAACUUGGAGGCCUUCCAUUCCUGUUCCACUUCAAGAGUUGCUCUUAGCCAAAUCAGAAUAAGUUACACUUGUUCCAAACCAAAACCAAGGAACUUAAUCCUUAAUACCUUCAAAACGUUAACGUUUUCAUAGAAAUAGCAUUAGCUUAGUGCGGUUGUUUCGGCGACCAAUAUUGAACUAGGAGGAUUUCAAUUUUUGACCCAAUUGGGCUUCUUUAUAUUCAUUAUGACAACCAAUUUGAGUCCGAUUCAGUUUGAUAAGAAGAUGAAACCUUAGCAGAUC